AUGGUUGCUCCCCUGGAUGGGCACACACCGUGCCUGCUGUUUGAAUAUACAUACCUCCAUCUGCUGCCGGGCUACAUCCGUCUUCAGCUCACGGACGUCUCCUUCGCCGACAUCAGGGCCCUUGGGAGGUGCGCCGACGCGCUGUGGAUGGCGCGCCCUGAUGACAUCAACGCGCUGGCCGUCAGCAGCCAUGGGGACGCGCUGAGGACGACGCGCCCUGAUGACGUCAACGCGCUGGCCUUCAGCAGGCAUUGUUAUGCAGAAUUAAAUGCAAUUCUGGACAAGAAAGCUAGCGAUGUUAAAGGAUGCACGAUGUAUGUGGCCUUGUUCCCCUGUAACGAAUGUGCUAAACUCAUCAUCCAGUCAGGCAUCACCAAGGUGGUUUAUAUGUCAGACAAAUACCGGGAACUGCCAAAAAUGGAGGCCUCCAGACGAAUGUUGGGUAUGGCAGGCGUGAAGUGCAGCCAAUUUACUCCGAAGAAUAAAACAAUUACCAUUGAUUUUGAUGCAAUAAACAAAAGUGGAAGUUGCCUGGACUCGAGCAAAGUUGCUGCACCAGCAUCUCUUUCAAGCUGCUAAUCAUUCACCCUGGACAAACACGAGCUCCUGCUUCCAAUCAACUUUUUCUGCCAGUUAUUCUUCAGAAGAUAACUCCCGCUCUCACUCCCCAUUCUAAUGGUACAGUUGAACCGAUUACUUUAGAUUAUAUUUUAAAAACUGGUGUA